AUGCCAGAGGUUUCAUUUUGUAUGGAAUAUGCAAAGAAAAAGAUUAAAGACAUUUUCCCUACUAGUCGAAAGGCAGACUUGCUUAAGCAAAUCUUGGCAAUCAUUGACCGGCGUUGGGAAGAUCAAAUGGACCAACCACUAUAUGGGGCAGCACUAUAUUUGAACCCAAACAAGUAUUUUGACCUGAAAACAGAUGAUGCUUUGGCUGGUAAGCUAAGGUCUGCAUUUACUGAGGUUCUUGCAAAAAUGGUGCCUGACCAGGAUCUACAAAACAAGAUUGAUGACCAAGCUUUGGACUAUGAGGAGGGGGUAGCUUCAGCAAAAAAAUUGCAAUCAACAACAUCAAAACCAAGUCUCCUAGUUGUGAGCGCUGUUGGAGCACAUUUGAGUUAA